CAUGGCGUCUGCAGCCUCCUUCAUACCCAAUGGCCUUCUGAGCUUGUCGAACACGGCAAGUAUUCUUACUGAUGAAAGCGAGACUCCAACUGCCGGUCCUUCGUCUCCACGAGUUCCCGCCAUAACCACGUUUGCCACAUCAACGGUGGAGACGUCACUGCCAGCUACGGAAUCGAGUGCAGAAGGUGGUUUACAAGAUUUGGUUGUUAACAUUGACACGUUGAAGGAUGUGGAGUCUCUCUUGGACGUUGUUAGGACCGGUGCGAGUACCUCACUACAAUCAGAGUCGUCAGUGUUCCAGUCUACCGGACUUCUGUCUUCUACCAAUGAUAUCAACUUGCUAUCUGAUCCGUUCAUUUCGAAUGGACUUUUAUCUAACAGCUUGAGCUCACAAGAUGAUGAUCUGACACUCUCCGAAGCUUCUGGCAUUCCCCUUACGUUUUCGGAAAGCACUACACCUUUCCCUCGUUUCGACCAAUCCACAUCAAAAUUCACUCUCAAGGCAAGAACAUUUGACGGUCGGACAGCCUUUAUCAGGCGCAAAUAUAAACCUUCUCGAGACACGCGAAAAACGACGGGUUUGUCCACCAAGGGAAUGGGUAACCUGCUUGACGUGCCCAUACACCGACUUCUCGAUAAUAUUUCCAGGGACAAGGCGAUAGAACUCAGCGAGCGCCAGCGACCCUCUCACGCGAGUCACGCCAGCGAGCACACGCUCUGGGUAGACCGUUAUCGACCUCAGCGAUUCACAGACCUCAUGGGGAACGAACGCGUGGCCAGAGAGGUAUUAUCUUGGGUGAAGCAGUGGGAUUGGUGUGUAUUUGGAAAGAGCAAGGGAAAGAGGCGCGCACGAGAUGGUGACGAGAACGUCGACUUCGAAGACGAGUAUCAUCGUCCCAAAGAAAAGAUCCUGUUAUUAUCCGGUCCUCCAGGGUUAGGAAAGACUACAAUGGCUCAUGUCAUUGCCCGUCAAGCCGGGUAUGAAGUUGUGGAAAUUAAUGCUAGUGACGCUCGUUCUGGACAAAUUGUCGACGAUCGAAUACGACCUACUCUUGAAUCUGGUUCCACUGUCGGCAGUUCAAAACCGGUACUAGUCGUCAUUGAUGAAAUUGACGGGGCCACGGGUGCAGGGGAGAAUACGUCGAGUUUCAUCUACAAACUUAUUCAAUUAACUUUUGACAAACCACGGAGGAAAGCGCGCGCAGGACAACAGCGGGAUCCAAAUGCCAAACGGCCUAUAUUGCGCCCAAUCAUAUGUAUCUGCAACGAUAUCAAUGCAUCGUCACUCGCGAAACUACGCCCACAUGCCUAUCAGAUUAGACUGCAAAAACCAGCAGAUGUGCACACCGUAAAGCGACUUCGACAGGUCUGUGAGCUCGAGGGGCUUCGAGCCGAUACCCGAGCACUUUCUGCACUUGUAGGAAUUGCCAGAGGCGACCUAAGAGGAUGCAUCAACACUCUUCAGUUCAUCAAAACCCGUAGGGAAGCUGUGACAGAGGACGUCAUUCGCAAAGCUACUGUUGGGAUGAAAGAAGCCGAGAUGUCGAUCAUCUCUGUCUUGACUGAUCUUUUCAGUCCCUUGUCAAAACGACGUGUAAAGGAGCUCGGCAUGGGAGAUGAAGAAGAAUCUCGUUACGUUGGACGUCUCAGUCGUGUCGUUGACUCCUGCGGCAGAGAUUCCAACAUUGCUAUCGGCUGUUUUUCUCACUACGCCAAUCUUCGUCAGCAUGAUGCCGAUUUCUCUCGGUAUGAAAAAGCAAAUGAAUGGCUGAUGACUUUUGACUGUUUGUCUGCGGCGAUGUACUCAGAGGGAGAAUUUGCGCUGAGCCAGUACUUGCCGUAUACCCUCGUUCCGUUCUAUCCCUUGUUUCAAGAACGAGGUGGUCCACGGGUUGAAAGGGACCAAUUAGAUUGGGAGAAUGUGCAAACUACCAAAGCCAAUGAGGAGAUCUAUAAGUCUUUAGGACGGGGUCUACACACAGCCAGCACUCGUCUUGGAGGAGAUUUCCGUCAUCUUGUUCACACUCCUAUCAUGCAAUUAGAAUUCGCUCCGCUCUUAAAUAGGAUUAUAUCUCCGCCUUUGCGUCCGGUUAACUCUCAAUUCAUCAAGCCUGAGGAGCGAGCACUGCUAUCGAGACUCGUUCGGAUUAUGACGAGGCUAGAACUACGCUUCGUGCAAGAAAGAGCAGAAGAUGGCCAAUUGACCUAUCGACUAGACCCGCCUAUAGAUGUUUUUGUCACAUACGACGGGAAACGUACAGCAGAUAUCGCUGUCUCGCGUUAUGCUGUGCGACAUCUCGUUGCUCAAGAGGUUGAUGCUGAAUUGACCGCUAUGCAAACCGACAUUGUUGAAAAGGGAAAGAAGGGGAAGCACGCCAACUUGUUCGACAAAACAUCAAAGGCGAAAACAGAUGAUCAGCCAUCUGAUCCAAGUGCUGGUCGUCCCACGAAACGGACCAGAUUGGAGGUCGAUAUCGCAGACCGGCCGCCAACCGACUUCUUCGGACGGCUGAUUACUGCCCCAGCCGGUGGAGUUGGAGGUACGAAUAAUAAAAUCGUUGAGAAAAAGUUCCGUGUGGCAUACAAGUUCGCCGAAGGUAAUUCUGCCGCAGUUCGCAAACCUAUCAAAGUUGGAGCAUUCUUGUAACGGUGAAGCUGUAGUGUUGAGGUGCAAGGCGAAUGGCAUGUUUUAUGAUAAGUAUGUAAAACGUAUAUUUAUGGUAUAUAGGAUCUUUGCAUAUGGUUAGUAUGCUAUACAGAUUGCACAGGGUGCGAUUAUUCCUGCUCUUGUUCUUUUAGAGUUUUACAUAACGAUUUGCGACCCGAACUUGACCGUGACCAUUUUCGAAGCCGCUCAGUGAGUUGACGCG